AUCAGGAAAACACUUGGGGUUCAGGAAGCACUGGCUGACUCAGAAUCAGGGCUCCCUGGGGCCCUCAGUCUAACACAUGGGGCAUGGGGGUACAGGCAUGGCUGCUUUGGGCUGUUCUCAGUGGGUAUUGGAAGACCGUGGUAGCAAGCCAGAGUUGUCUGUAAUCUCCAAGGUUAUGAAUCCUGGCAGAAGCAACUUGGGUUCUGGGUUGGAGAUUGGAGGUUUGGGCAGUUGAGAGGCACAUUACCUGGCUGCGUCUCCAAGCAGCAGCAAAGGUCAAGUGUUGGAACCAUGAACUUAACCAGCCCUUGCUCGUUGAUAGGCUGGCUUUCAGGGUAUGAACAUGUUCUAGACCCUACAUAGCUGUCCAGUACUGCCCGCUACCUACCUCCUGGGCCUCCAGAAGUGUUGCAUGCUCAUAAUGGUGAGCCCUUAGUGUGGAGACUGGCCUAACUGACUUGGUUACCCAGGGCAGAAGGCUGUGCCUCCCCAGCCAUGAUGGAGGUAUGACUUCCGUGCUGCUACCUCACACCCCUUCCUGGACAUAGCCUCCAGGUUCCCCUCCACCAGCAGUUGUCCUUGGAUGCCCCAGGGCUUGAGAGCUGGUGGUUCCAGGUUCAGUAUCAGAAAAGUUCUCAAAGUUGAGGCGGUGGUGAGCAAAGGGCCCACCUACCUGAGGGUCCUGUGUUAUGACUGCCCUGUCAUUGGUGCUGUCAGCCACCCCCGCUGUCCAGACUAGGUCAGGUAUGGGGUUCACCCUCCUGGUAGGACCAGCAGUAGGCGGGUGGGGCAGGUGGUUGGACGGGUCUGGCAGGGUCCCUGGGAGAGGGAUGGUGCUACAACAGGCACCACCUUGGGGAGGGGCUCCUUGGCUCACAGUAACCAGUUGGCCCUGGACUGGCUUCAAACCUGGCAGGGGCACGCCACUGGCCAGAGGGAGGAGCUGCGCCGACAGGUAGGAAAAGGCCAGCCGACAGCUGGGGUUUGCUACUGCCCAGGCAGGAGCCCCUCUCCUAGCAACCGUGGUGAGGCACCCUGGGCUCCUUCCCUUGCCACUUGUUGCUGCUGCUCUUCGCCUCUCCCUCGGCUCAGGUGUCCUUAAUGACUCCUCCCUGGAGUACAGCCUCCUGGGGUCUGUCCCUGUCCCCACUGUCUCUGGAGUCACUAUCUGGCCCUUUCUAUCUGGGGUCCUCUCAGGAGACACUGCUAUCACUAACCAUGUCUGCCCCUCCCCAGUCUCUUCUGACUGCAUCUCCCACCUCCCAGUUUGUCUCUGGGGCCUCUUGCAAGUCUCUAGAUCUGCUGUCCUGGGUCUGCUUCUGGUCCAGCCUAGGUUCCAUCCUUGUCUCCAGUCCUCUUCUGUCCUAACGUUCUCCCCGGUCCCCCAGUACUUAUGCUCCCUGGAGUUCUUCUCUCAAAUAUGCAUGCGGCCUCUCUGUUUUUGUCUUUGGUCCUUCCCUCUUCCUAUCUUCUCCCUAUCGUCUCUCCUCCCUGUCUGUUACCCCUUGACUCUACUCCCUCCUUCCCCUGACAUUCUGCUCUGGUUCCAGGCAAUCCCCUCCAGAAUCUGGUCCUGCUCUCUUCUGAGUCUCUGCCUGACCAUCCCCACUCCCUGACCCUCCCAAGCCUCCCUUCAUGCUACGGCCGCCUCCUUCCCCACCUGACCGCGCCUCCCCGCAGGUCCAGAUGCCCUGCCCACGGCCGCCCUGGCUCCACCGCCCCCGGGUCCCCCAGGGCUCGGGCACCAGCUCGCCGGGGAGGGGGGAGGACGAGGAGGAGGAGGAGGAAGACGGCAGCCCGGGCUCCGGCCCCAUCCUGUCCCCCGCAUCGCCGGUGGAGUGCCUCAUCUGCGUUUCGCCCUUCGACGGUGUCUUCAAGCUGCCCAAGCGCCUGGACUGCGGCCACGUCUUCUGCCUCGAAUGCCUGGCUCGCCUGUCCCUGGCCACCGCAGGCGGCGGCGACGCGGUGGCCUGCCCCGUGUGCCGCGCGCCCACGCGCCUGGCGCCCCGCCGCGGGCUGCCGGGCCUGCCCACGCAGCCUGACCUGCUGCCCAGCGAGGCGCGCGCGCCGCCGCCGCUGCAGCAGGGCUCAGUGCGCUUCGACCGCCGCCGCGGCCUGCUCUACUUGCGGCCCGCGCCGCAGCCUCCCGGGCCCGGCCCGCACAAGACCCGCGCCGCUCGCCCCCCGCCGCUGCCGCCGCCGCUGCGCUUGGGCCGCCCGCUCUCGCGCCGCCUGACGCUGAGCAACCCGGCCUGGGCCUUCAACGCGGCUUUGGCGCUGGCGGUGCUGGUCGCCGCGGGCCUAGUGGUCUCGGGCGUCUACAUCUUUUUCCUCAUCCCGCACGCCGCCUCAUCCGCCUCCUCGCGCCCCCAGCUGGUGGCGCUCGCUCCGGCGCCGGGCUUCUCCUUGUUCCAGCCGCGGCCUGAACCCGUUGCACCCUGGACGCCCACCUGGACGCCACGGCCCGAGCUGGACUCCACCGCGCUAGGGGCUGAGCCGGACGCGCCCGAGCCCGAGGCGAGCCCGCUGUGGGCACCCAAGGACCCGAUGGAGGCUGACCUGGGGCUGGACUGGGGCUUAGACCAAACGUGGGGAGCAACAGCUGGCCCUGGCUUGUCUCCCCGGGCGCGAGGCUGGAGGAGAGUGUGGGGGACGCAAUGAACACAUCCCAGUGCCAGGGCCUGUCUCCGGGCCUGGCCAGGUGAACCUUUAGCCAUUACUCCAGUGGAGGCCAUAGCGGGGUGCAUUGCAGGCAGCCAUCCCCGAGAUCCGGACCUACCAGGAGCAUCAUCAACACCAUGGAGCAGAGACCUUCCCAAGGAGCACUCACACUGUCAUUUACACAGGGACCUUCUGAGACUUUCCAAAUCCAAUCCCCGUAGGGAUUCAGUUGGGAGGCACAGCCUACCGUGAUUCCUGUGGGUGUCUGGCUAGAGGGAGCCCCUGAUCCUAGUUCCUCUUGGGGUUCUACUGCUAUUAUCCACAGCCAUGCCCCCCCCCAACUGUUCCACUACAGUGUAGCCUCUCCAUCUUCCUGGGACAGCUAUAACCCCAACUCCCACCCUUGACUCCACUCCUGGUUGGGCCUGCUGAGAUGCAGUCAUCCCCGUGCUGAUCCUGGGUGGACAGUUGCUGUUGUGCACUCCUGGUUGGGGCAGGGGUGGCCCAGCAGGGCUGGUGGGGUAGGAGUCUCAACACCCAUCCUGAGUGCCAACCCAGAGCCUCCACUUACCUCGCAAAUCAUUGCUUCUGGGAUCCCCCAGCAUGCUCUGAGGCAACUGUGGUAACCAGGGCUCAGAGAGGCAAGGUCACCCCCUGGCUGGACAGUGGAAUGUGAUGAGGAGAGGGGCAGCUGGACCUUCCCCCCCCAUCCCAGGGCCUGCCUCUCUGCCUGGUUUCAGGGCUUCUGUCACAUGCAUCUCCACUCAGCCAGCCCCUGCACCCCUCCCCCGACAGGCAUCUCUCAGUCCCCCUCCAUACACCUCUCCUAGCUGCGCCUCCCAGCUCAAGCCUGAGCCCUACCCUGUGGACAGUAGGCUGCAGGGAGAGAGACUCUUGAGCUCUUGUCCCCCUCCUCCCCAAAGCAUUCCUGGGUUAGUCACAGUGGACUAGACAGCAGCUGCCCCCUGCACAGGUGGCACCUGGGCCUCCUGCCUCCCUCUGGACUCUGGACCCUCAUUCUGGCUCAACUCACCCAAGACUGGGUUGCUGUGUUGGGGGUAGGCACCCAGCAUUUUCCAGAAAGAAAUGUGAAUUCCGUGAGGCUGGAGACUACUGCUGAUUUGUUCACACUUGUGUCCUUAGCGCCCAGCAUACAGUAGGUGUCUCAGAGUCAUCUGAGGAGUGACUGCGUCACAGGUGCCUGAGAGGCAGCCUGUGGGCACCUAAGACUUGCCCAGCUCCCGGCUGCCCUGGGCCCAGGUGUUAUCUGUGCAGUUAGACUACUGUGAGCUUGCUGCUGAAAAGGUGGGAAGCCAGAGGAGCAACAUCAGGGUGGCUGAGGGAGUGUCUUCCCAGACCAGUUCUUGGCCCACACCCAGUUACCAACAUCACCCAUAGGGGCUGGACCAGAACACUGGGUCACUGGGCAGCCACAUCCCAGCCCUACAGGACCUGCUAGGACACAAGCACAGUUGCCCCUUUGUGUUAGUUUCCUGUGGCUGCUGUAGCAAACUACCCCCAACUUAAAAACACACAGACACACACAUAACAGUUGCCGUUAAGUUGAUUCCAAUGCAUGGUGACCCCACGUGUGUCAGAGUAGAGCUAUGCUCCAUAGGGUUUUCAAUGGCUGUGACCUUGUAGAUCACCAGACCUUUCUUCCAAGGUGCCCCUGAGUAAAUUCGAACUGCCAACCUUUGGAUUAGCAUCCGAAUGCUUAACCAUUUGUGCCCCCAGGACUACCCCCAGAGUGGCUUAAAACAACACAUUCUCUUACAGCUCUGGAGGUUAGGAGCCUGAAAUGAUUCUCACUGGGGUGAAGUCCAGAUUUUUGAAGGGCUAUUCUCUCUCUCUCUGGAGGCUCAAGGGGAGGACCUGUACCUUGACUUUUCCAGACUCUAAACUUACAUUCCUUGGCUCAUGGCCCCUUUCUCUAUCUUUAAAGCCAGCAGGGUAGCAUCUCUAAAUCUCUAACUCCCCUAUCUCCCUCUUUUUGGUAAGGACCCUCGUGGUGGUAUUUAUGGCCCACUUUGAUAAUCCAGGAUAAUCUCCCCAUUUCAAGGUUCUUAGUCACAUGUGCGAAGUCCAUCUUGCCAUAUAAGACAUUCACAGGGUCCAGGGAUUAGGACCUGGAUAUCUUUGUGUUGUUGUGGGUCGCAGAGUCAAUUCUGACUCAGCGACCCUAUGGGACAGAGUAGAGCUGCCCCAUAGGGUCUCCUAGGCUGUAAUCUUUACAGAAGCAGAUCACCAGGUCUUUUCCCCUGAAGAGCUGCUGGUGGGUUUGAACUGCUUUUUUGGUUAGCAGCAGAGCACUUAACCACUGCACCACCAGGGCUCAUUUGGAUAUCUUCAGGGGCUAUUAUUUAGCCUACCAACCACAGAAACCCAGGGAUCCGUUCCCGUCCUUAUCAUUUCCUUCUUCCAUCCCAGGCUGGGUGGGUGGCAGUGGACCUGGCCCAGAUGAAUUAAGACAGCGGGCUCAGAAUGGGGCUGCUGGCUGUCGGUGCACAGAAGAGGGAGAGAGGAUGCUGCCUGUCUGGGGGUGGUCAGGGAAGACUGCCUGGAGGAGAGGGCCUCAGAGCUGUAUCCUCAAGUAUGCUCAGGAGAAAUGACAGCUGACAUUUAGGUGGGAGGCAUAGCCUGCACAAAGGGGCAGCAAGAUGGUGGUGGCUAAGGACAGUGGACGGGGCUGCUUCACUCCUGAUCUGUCCUAACCUGCUCCCUCCCAGCAGCUACCAGGAUGCCUGGGAAACUGUGGCCUUAGUCUCCUCUCCAGUAAAAUGAGGCUGAUGACAGAGCCCGUGGGUCUGUCGGGAGGUGAGAGUGGGGAAGGAAGACUUAGACACGGGGGAUAGAGGGUAGAGAACUGAACAAAAAACAAAAGACCUAGCUACCUCAAAUGGUUUAAAGGGCAAAACAAAAAAGAACACCAUAAGCAUAAGAAAAAGGGCUCAUUGAGCAACCCCCAUGCACAGGACAAACAGGUCCCCAUCCUGGCCGGCCUCAAGUUGUAGAGGGUGCCAUGGAUAUGGAAUAAAUAUUUUAACAUAUUCAUAUUGUUAUCAGUUUUAAUUCAGAUAAAUUUUAACACAGUAUAUGGUUAUGAAUAUAUUUUAGCACAGAUUUUAAGAUAAUACUUUUGAAUGUUAUGGCAGCCAAAUUUUAACACAUAUGUUAAAUAGUUAAGAGGGGAGUUAAAUGCUGCAAAGAAAAAGACCCAGGUGUGGGCCUGAGAUUGGGGGUGGGAGGAACAAAAUAUCCUCGGGCCAGGCCUCUUGGGACAAGGUACGUCAUCAUCAACCUGUGUAGUGAGCUCAGGUAGGCUCUCCCUAACACUAACCCCACCUGCAGACCUGGGUUGUGGAUUGAAUUGUGUCCCCCCAAAAUGUGCAUUAACUUGGCUAGGCCAUGAUUCCUAGUAUUGUGUGGUUGUCCUCCAUUUUGUGAUCUGAUCUGAUUUUCCUUUGUGUUGUAAAUCCCAAUCUCUAUGAUGUUAAUGAGGCAGGACUAGAAGCAGUUGUGUUAAUAAAGCAGGACAAUCUAUAGGGUUAGGUUGUAUCUUGAGUCAAUCUCUUUUAAGAUAUAAGUGAGCAGAGAAGGGGAUCUCAUUACCACCAAGCAAAAAGAACAAGGGGCAGAGCAUGUCCUUUGCACCUGUGGUCCCUGUGUCAAGAAGCUCCUAGACCAGGGGAAGAUUGAUGACAAGGACCUUCCCACAGAGCCAACAGAGAAAGCCUCCCUCCCCUGGAGCUGGCACCCUGAAUUCAGACUUCUAGCCUCCUAAACUAUGAGAGAAUAAAUUUGUUUAUUUGGUAUUUCUGUUACAGCAGCACUGGAUAACUAAGACACCUGGCAAGCCUGGAACUGAAGGAUCCACUUCCAAGAUGGCUCACUCACGUGGCUAUUAUCAGGAGGCCUCAGUUCCUUGCCAUGUGAACUACUUCAGAGGGCUGCUUGAGUGUGUUCAUGAUAUUCCACUCACUCCUCAGAGUGAGUGAGCUAAGAAAGGACAAAGUGGAAACCACAAUGUAUUUUGUGACCUCAUCUUGGAAGUCUCACACCGUAACUUCUGCCACAUUUUAUUCAUUAGAAGUGAGUUUGGCCCACACUCAAGGUAAGGGAAAUUUGGGUUGACCUUUUGAAAAAUAGGGAUUGGUAAAGAAUUUGUAGACAUUUAAAGCCACAACAGGCUCGCACAAGGUUGGUUUGGAUUUAUUUUUUGGCAGGAGGCCAGCCACCACACUGCCUAAAGUAUAGUCACUGCAAGGUCCCUUGCCUUCCUUCUUCAGCCAAGCAGGCCUGUGCUAUUGCUUUGGGCCUGCUCUCCCAUAAGAGUCUCAGGCACCUAGGGGAGGGUGAAUUCCCAGGGUGCAACUCACAGCCUUUCUGUGAAUGUAGGGGAGGUGGGGGAGAAACCAAUGCUUAGUUAGUAGAGACAGCAUUAGAACCAAGGAAAACAAGAGCGACUUUAGCUUUGGCCCGUUAUCCAUCGCCAGGCCCUCAAAUGUUGAGGGGGAAGGAAUGGAGCUGUGGAUGUUGGAGGACAGAAGGUUGAUGGUGUUAGAAUAGGUAUUUCCCAGACUCCUUGCACCCGGAUACUGGAGGAUGGGGACUGAAGAGUCACAGUGGUUUAGAGCUGUACUGAAUCUUUCUCCAGUUACCUGCAGUAUUUCCAGAUCACCACUGGAAAAAUGCAGGGAGGGUGGUGGCAAGUGGCACAGGUACCAGGGACCUGCUGGCCCAUCACCAAACAUGUAAGAUAUCAGAGAUCCAUGCAGGCAUCUGGUACAGAAGCUGCAGACCCAGGCCCUUGCCCCAUGCUGCCUGGUGCCAGCUGGUGCUGAUUCAGGGGCCUGAUGAGGCACCCAGGCCACUCAUCUGUUUCUGCACCAGGAGCGUGUUUUGUGCCAGUGCCUGUCCUGUUCAGCAGACCUUGGUGAGCCUCUGCAGGCCAGUCUGCACAGCUGGCAACCGCAGUCAGCCACUUCCAGUGUGCUGUAAAGGGUACACUCAGCAGGCUUGGGGUACUCAAAUCCUGCACAUUCCUAACACUGGCCCUUGAUUGGCUCCUGGGAGGUGGCCUCUAAGCCCCUGAAAUAUCCAUCGUUAUAACAGGGUCUUUGUUUACACGGGACUUUGGGCACCGCCAGACAGUUUAUUCUGCAUGAUUUAUGAGGGUCUUGGGCCACGCUGUAUUAGUUUGUCCUCUGGAGGAGAUUAAGACUGAGUAACUAAGAUCAGCCACAAAGCCAGGGGCAAACACUGGUUUUUACAGAGGAUCCCCCACAAGCGGUGCCAUCCCUUCUACAGCCUGGGAGACAAGACACUCGUCGCGGUCACUGCGUGCGGAAGCGGGACCUUCUCGGCUUUUGUGUUUUCCUCACUCCAGUUUCCGCGGGCCCGGGAGCCUCCUGGGACGCCGCUCCUGACGGGACCAUCCAGUUCCUCCGAUCGGUGUGCACACGGGCGAGAGUUGCCAAAGUAACGGGCAGAGCCGACGCCAGAAGUCCUGCCCCCACUUGAGUGGCCCGCCCAGAAACGCCCUUUUCCUGGGUCUUCAUUGGACCAGUGUCAGCGGGACCCGCCCGGAAACGACCCUCUCCUCAGUCGUUAUCAGCCAGCCUCGGGACGUAGGCGCAGUGUCUUCUGGGAAAUGUAGUUGCCGCCUCAGGGUGGAGGGGCCGCCUGCCCUAGACGCUACACAGGCUGGAGGAGAAGGGGAAUGUAGAAGGGCAGGGUCCGUCAGCGCACCUUUGUCAAGCGGUGGACCCCCCCACCACUACCGGCCCUGCCUCCCUAAGACUCGUAGUUCCGACUGUGUGACUCGCGUGGUGAGUGUCCCUCCGGUGCCCUCCGGGUCAGAGCGCUCUCUGGGAUCUCCGAACCUGCCUCCAUUUCUGCGGCCCCCGCAAUCGGAACUCUGCGCAUUUUACGCAGAGGUGGGGUGGGGAUUGAGGUCACUCGUCCCUUACCACGCCUGGGUUAGGGUCGGUAGUCCUCUUGGUCGACACCUCGCUCCACACACCGGUUCCGAUUGUGGCAACGCGCCAAUGGACCCGGCCCAGGUUGUCUAUGUGGAUCUGAGGAUGAGACUGCCCUUCUUGAGCAGGUGAAGAGCUGCUGGGCCCACCUGUCAGAACAGCCUUUCACAUGUGGGGAAUGUGGCAAGGACUUGCAG